CUUGCGUGGCCUCUGGCUCUACGGCAACCGCUUCGAGGAGUUCCCGCCCGCGCUGCUGCGCAUGGGCCGCCUGCACAUCCUCGACCUCGACCGCAACCGCCUGGGUGGCUUCCCCGACCUGCACCCGCUGCGUGCUCUGCGCGUCUUCUCCUACGACCACAACCCUGUCACUGGACCCCCGCGCGUCGCCGACACUGUCUUCCUCGUGGGCGAGGGUGCAGUCGAGCGCAUGGCCGAGCGCGACGAGCCCACGCCCCGCCCGCCACCUCGGCGCCCAGCGCGGGCCUUUGAAGAUGAGGAGGAAGAAGACCUGCUCAUAGGAGGAGCUAGCACCCGGGCUCUGGGACCUGGAGAGGGCAGUCUUCGUGCCCUGGAAGCUGCUCCAGGGCUGGGCACCUGAGCCUCUGCUCUGGGUGAUGGGCUCCUGCCACUCUGAGCAGAGCGCCUCUGGGAAGCUUGGCUGCUCAGGUCUGUGGGACCGUGGGCUCCUACCUGGGGGAAGUGGAAGGGCUGCUUUGGGCAAGCUGCAGGCACAGGCGGGCCUGGGGGCCAUCUUCAGACACUCCUGGGUAGCAAGAAGACUGCCCCUGACUGAUUUGUGGCCCGCGAUCAGACCAAUAAGUCUGGGCUCCAUCCAGUGGGUGGUGGAGCCUCUACCACCACAGAGAUGCCAGCUUCCUCUGGGAACCAGGGUCCCCGCUGUCCCUGGAAGCAUCACCUCAUGCUGAGUCUGGAUGCCCAGAGCCCGCGCCCUCCAACCCCCCUCCUUCUGGGGUUUGGGUCUCCUGGGCCUACCCUUUCUGGUGCGGAGUGCUUACCUCUGGAGUAACCAUCUGUGUGAGAACGCCCCUGGGAGAAGGACCAGGGACAGGGACUUGGAGUUGGGGUUGGUGCCCAGGGCAGAUGUGGGAAACAGACUGGGGCCCUGACACCACAGCUGCCCUCACCCCUCUGCGGGGCUCACGCUACAUACCUCCCUCCCCAGGCCCACUCAAGUUUGGAAGGCAUGGUCUCCUCCCCAUCCUUCCUCCCAUCAAGCGCUUGGGAUCGGAUCUCGCUAGGAAAGAAAGUGCUCCCUCCCUUCCCCACAGCCUGAGCCUUCCAGCUGUCAAGUUGGAGGAGAAGCCACUGUGCCUCCAGGGCCUCCUGCCCCAGAGAAGGGCUCUCUGCUCUGGGAGGCUGGCUCCAGGGCCUCUCCCACUGCCUGCACUCUCCAUUCCCUUACAUGGGCACAGCCAGGGUGGCUGGCACGGCUCGGGGCACGGCACGAGCGCUGUGAGCCUCCACUCCGUCACCAGGGACAGCCUCGAGGGGGUGAGGAGAGGGGCCUUGCACUGCAAUUCCCAGGACCAGAUCUCUCCCAUUCAAGCAAUAACGGGAGGAGAGGGCCAGGGCCAAGGGACACUCAGGGACACUGUGAGGGGCAGGGGCCCCGCCUGGUAGUGUUUUCUUUAGGAUGAAAAAACUGGCUGUAAACAUAAAUGCUAUUUCUUGGAGAAA